CACGUUAAAGGCCAAAGAAAUAAUGUUUGAAUCAAAAACGGAAAAAACCCACAAACUAGAGCUACCAUAAUAUCCGCUCUCUCUCUCACAAACCUAAUCUUCCUCCCUCGAUCGCCUCUCUCUCCCUUUCCCCAACCUCAAGCAAUGGCAGGCGAAUCAAAAGAUAGCGAUUAUCAUAUUAUUGACAAAACCUCUUCUUGUGAUGGUUAUGAGAUCAAGACGUCGGGAAUUAUAAUUGAUUACGACGGAUUUAUGUGGGUCGCCGGGAAGAAUAUCACCUCAGCUGGACUGGUACAAAGCCCCGACAAGUGUAUAAUCAUGACCCCCGCAUUAGUUCAGAGGACCACUAUGGAGCGUAUCAAGAAGGGUGCCGUCGCAGAAGACAUGGCUCAACAGAUGAAAGCGUUGUGCUCCCGAUUUUAUGAUGACUUGUUGAAAGCUGGUUUUGACCCUGCACUAUAUCAACAUUUAUUUGGGCCCGACGCAUAUUUGUCUCGACCUAGACCUUCUGCUGCAACAUCAUCCGUCAAGCCAAGGGAAUAUCACUCUGAUAUGGACCAAGAUCAAGCUCCUGCAACAUCAUCGGAUUGUUGUUCUUUAUGCAGGGAGGUGAACAAUAGCAUGGUUAUCUAAUGUUUUGUGGGAUUUCAUAUACUAGCUGUUUUUUUUUGAUAAAUUAUGUAAGUAAAUUAAGACUCAAGUCUUGAGUAUUAACUACUGCUAGACCAACACACGCACAUAUAUUAGCUAUUUAAACUCUAGCUGUGGUUAGCAGGAUUAUCUAAUGUUUUGUGGCAUUUCAUAUACUAGCUACUUAAUUUGGAUAUUUGUGUUGUAUUA